GAUGAUGUAACCACUGUUUCCGGUCGCUGGCGCUUUUCUUUGGCCCGAGCCAGCAUGUUCUUUUGGGUCCUCAGCUCAUCGCCUGGAAGAGCCCAGUCAACCUGGACAAACCCUUCAAUAGCCUCAGACUGUUCUUGAGGAGGAUGACUGAGACACUAUGGGCCAUGCGUUGUGUAUCUGCUCUCGGGGAACUGUCGUCAUUGACAAUAAGCGCUAUCUCUUCAUCCAGAAACUGGGGGAGGGUGGGUUCAGCUAUGUGGACCUAGUGGAGGGGUUACAUGACGGACACUUCUACGCCCUGAAGCGAAUUCUGUGUCACGAGCAGCAGGACCGGGAGGAGGCCCAGCGAGAAGCAGACAUGCAUCGCCUCUUCCAUCACCCCAACAUCCUUCGCCUCGUGGCUUACUGCGUGAGGGAGCGGGGCUCCAGACAUGAAGCCUGGCUGCUGCUACCCUUCUUCAAGAGAGGUACGCUGUGGAAUGAGAUAGAAAGGCUGAAGGACAAAGGCAGCUUCUUGACUGAGGACCAAAUCCUGCUGCUGCUCCUGGGAAUCUGCAGAGGCCUUGAGGCCAUUCAUGCCAAGGGUUAUGCCCACAGAGAUCUGAAGCCCACCAAUAUCUUGCUUGGAGAUGAGGGGCAGCCCAUUUUAAUGGACUUGGGUUCCAUGAAUCAAGCAUGUAUCCAUGUAGAGGGCUCCCGCCAAGCCCUGGCCCUGCAGGAUUGGGCGGCCCAGCGAUGCACCAUCUCCUACCGGGCCCCGGAGCUCUUCUCUGUGCAGAGCCACUGUGUCAUUGAUGAGCGGACCGACGUCUGGUCCCUAGGCUGUGUGCUGUAUGCCAUGAUGUUUGGGGAAGGCCCUUAUGACAUGGUGUUUCAGAAAGGUGACAGUGUGGCCCUUGCUGUGCAGAACCAACUCCACAUCCCACAAAGCUCCAGGCAUUCUUCAGCAUUGCAGCAGCUACUAGCUUCCAUGAUGACUGUGGACCCCCAGCAGCGCCCUCACGUUCCUGUCUUCCUCAGCCAGGUGGAGGCACUGCAGCCCCUCCCUCCUGGCCAGCACACCACCCAAAUCUGAAGAAACAGGUGGCCCUGUUGAAGUGGACCCUGAUGCCUUGGGAAGAGGCUCCUGCACCUCGUUAGAAUCUCCAUCCAUUCUGUCCAAGACUGUUCCCUUACAGUUGGGGGCAGGCAGGGAAGGGAUAGUCAUCUCAGUCCUGCAUCUGCACUGCUGCUCUUACCCUCAAGAGCGACAGCUGGGCAAGGUGUCUGUGAUUGAGUUGGGGGCGGGGAGGUAGGGGAAAGGGAAGCUUCUAGAAUAUGGUACAUGGCUCUGGGCAGGACUGCUGAGCUCACAUGAUGGACUGUCUCCAAACCUGGGAGCAGGAGAACGUGUAUACAGAAGAAUAAAGUGAAAGCUGGUUGGUGU